AUGCGGCAGCAACCGCAGCAGCAGCAGCAGCAGCAGCAGCAGCAGCAGCAGCAGCAGCAGCCGCAGCCGCAGCCGCAGCCGCAGCAGCAGCAGCCUCCAGCGGGCCUAGCAACGCUUGACAUCCUGCACCUGCACGCAGCCAGACGCCCUCCCCCCAAAACAGCACACCACAAUCACCCUGGUCCACGCCGGCCGCCCCCGCUCACCCCCUCUCCCGCCGCCGCUGCGCCUUUGCGGCCUUGA